CUCCAUUUACCGGCACCGAAGGAUGUAAUGAUUUACUCCUAUAACUUUCGUAGUUUGCUGAGGUGGUCUCCAGUUAAAGUGGAUAGAGGCCUGGUGUUAUAUACAGUCCAUUUUAAAACAGGGGCCUAUAACCAGUGGGAAGAGAUAAACUGCACCCGUAUCGCCCAGACUGAAUGCAAUUUCCCCUGGUCACUUAAGGAGCGAUGCUGGACUGUUGUUUUGCGCGUGAGGGCUGAGCUUGGGCAAAUGACUUCUGACUGGGUGAAAACAGAGCCAUUUGUGGCAGAGAGAAACACGAUUAUAGGGCCUCCUAAAGUGAACAGCGUGACUGUAAGCUCUGACUCACUUCUCAUUAGUGUCACGCCCCCUUUUAGAUCUGAAGCAGGUGACCUUCUUCAGUAUCAUGUGUCCUACUGGGAGAACACAACAAGUACUACUGAAAAAGAGAUAAAGAUGAGCAAUACAGUAUUCAAAAUCACAGAUCUAAAGGAAUUGACACUUUAUUGUUUUAGAAUUCAAGUAGAAUUGAGGACACAUUUGGAUCCCCAGUUACUUGGACUGCAGAGUGCUCCAGAGUGUUACAGAACUACAAUCAGUGAGGCAACCAGAGCUGGAUAUAUUAUACUAAUAUUUCUGUUCGUGUUACUUUUUGUAAAUCUGGUAACAGUUGGUUUAUUUUUUCUGUGGAAACACCACAAAACACUUAAAUAUUGGUCCCAGCCACCUUUAGAAAUCCCAUCACACUUUGAAGAGUAUUUGAAGGACCCUAGCAUGCCUGUUUUAGAGGGGCUGGACAACUAUGCUGAGGAUGAUCCGCAUGAUUCCAUAUCCGUUGUAUCUGCUGAAGAAGGAAGCAGCAGUUUGGAUGGUCAAGCUCAAUCACGCAGCAUCGCCAGUGACAGUGAAGUCACUUAA